AUGACAUCGCCUGCGCCGAAUUUGUGGCUAUGGGGAGCUGGUCUUGGAGCCACGGCUUUUCUAGGAUAUGCUUUGUACUUUGAUUACAGAAGAACACAUGCUCCAGAUUAUAAAGAAGCUAUCAGACAGAGUGAGUUUUUUCAUUUUUAUGGUUUUGGCAGUUUAGGUAUGGUUAACAUAGUUCUUGUUGUUUUUAAGUCUUAGAACGUUACCAAAAGUGUUUUUUGGCUUUCGGUCGUUUGAUAAGGCAUUAUAUUACUUAUGGGUUGUAAAAUUUAGGCGUUUCUGUUUUAAUUCAAGUUUGUAGGAUGCUUUUUAUAUUGCUUAUGAGCAUCUAUUGUGUAUAACAUGAUAAAACUCUUAAACCCUAACGUUUUGUGGUAGUCUUGUAUUUUUAUGUGUUUUAUUAGAUUUUUGGCAAAUUUUGGAUGUAAAAUACGACAAAUGUUCCCAGCAUGGACGCUAAAGACACCAAAGAAUAUUUUUUACCUACUACAACGUCUAUUUUCUUAUAAUACCCAUUUUCCUCUAUUUUAAUUCUUCUAAAUUUCAGAGAGAAAGAAUGCAGCUAAACAGCGUUUGGAUGAACCAUUGGACUUGCCAAAUAUGAGUGAUCCAACCGCAGUUCAAAACUUUUUCCUUCAAGAAAUUCAAAUUGGGGAAGAGCUGAUGGGUCAAGGUCUGGAAGAGGAGGGAAUCAAGCAUUUGUGUAAUGCUGUGGUGUUGUGUGGACAACCUGAUCAUCUCAUCAACAUUUUCCGUCAAACCAUGAGUGAACACUUUGAAAAAAUCGUCGCUGAACUUCCUCAUGCUCAAGCUGUAGGUUUGGGGUCUACUACAAUAUAGAAAAGUCGUGUCGUUUAUGGUUUCAACGGGCUUUUUGGUAUUUUUAUAUGUCUGACAGGAUAUUUUAAAACUUUUUAAUAAUGAUAUAAUCCUAAAACUUUUGAAUAAUGACAUUUUGAAGUCAAAAACAUUAAUUUUGGUUCAAUUUUCAGAGAGUCCAAGCUGCUAUUGUUGCUCAAAGAGGAGGAGUUCGUGCCGAGAGUGAAGAACGCGGUGCAAUUGUUGAUGCUGACGAUUUAGAAUGA